ACAGUGUUUAAGUCUCAUCAAAGUCAGUUUUUUCGUAUUUAAUUAGGAAAUUUCAAUAAAAUAUUUAAUUGUGUUGUGAAUUUCUUUUGUCAAUGAUGGAAGUGAAUAUUUUGUUGGUUUUACUUUUUUUCUGUUUUGAAGUCAAUGCGAAUUCUGAUUUAGAUCAUUGGCUGUUUAUUGUUGCUCAACAAGGCGAAACAGAUGACAUCGCAGAACUAAUCAGUGAUGGGGCCAAUUUAUUUUCUGAAGAUGAACGCAAACAAACACCACUUCACAUUGCUGCUGCGUUUGGUAACUUAAAAGUAGUUGAAUAUCUAAUAGAAAAAGGGAUUGAUAUAAAUGCUGAAGAUAACGACAAAAAUACGCCACUACAUGCAGCUGCUCAAAGAGGUAAAGCAGAGAUAGUCAACUAUUUAGUCAAUAAUGGGGCAAAUAUAAGAGCUCUAAAUAACGAAAAUAAGACACCGCAUGAUGUGGCCAGACUAGGUAAAGGGAAAGCAGCUAAACUUUUGAUGGGACAGAAUAUAACUUCAAAGACCAAAUAUACAUGCGAUUUAAUUCGUGGAAAUCAAUUGAUAGACGAACGUAUUUUAGAAGGUGAUAUUGCAAAAAAUGGUGAAUUUCCUUGGAUGGCUGCCUUGGGCUACAAUAGCAACUACAAAAUAAGCUUUGGCUGCGGUGGCACAAUAAUAUCUGAGCACUAUGUAAUGACGGCGGCGCAUUGCUGUACGGGUAAGUAUCCACCGGUAUUAGUUCGUGUGGGAAAGGUAAAUGAAAAUGUGAGUCUAAAAGAUGUGUAUACCGAUGAAACUCGAGCUACAAAUUAUUAUAUCAAGAAUAUCACACGUCAUCCAAGUUAUUCGGUGAUGACCAAAAAGAACGAUAUUGCUUUGCUUAAACUCACCCUAAAGAUCGCAUUCAACAAUGCCGUUAGACCGGCAUGCUUGCACACAAAUAUAGAAGAUGUAGAUACUGCUACAAAACUGAUUGUGACCGGCUGGGGUAAUACUAAUCCGAACCGCGAGUCUCAAUCAAACGAUUUACGUAAAAUUGCGGUUAAUACAAAGCCAUUAAAUGAAUGCAAUCGGUUUUAUUUGAAUUACAAUGAACUGGCGAAUCUGGCGUCUUUUCGAGAUGGCAUUGAUCCUGGACAGUAUUGCGUAUUUGAUCCAGAAGGAAAGAGGGAUGCUUGCCAAGGCGAUAGUGGAGGUCCACUUCAAUAUAUUCCCAACAAUGACCCAAACACUGUCACAAUAGUUGGUAUCGUUAGUGCUGGUAUUGCUUGCGGUGCAGAUUUACCCAGUCUUUACACUCGCGUCGCCUUUUAUAUACCUUGGAUUGAAUCAAUUAUUUUUUGAACUGAGCUAUUUUGCACCAAAUGCAUAACAUAAAAGAAUGAUUAAUCUUCACAUUUCAAUUAACAACUUGAAACUUUGUUCGACCAUAUAAAUAUUCAAUGUUCAAUGCUAUUUAUC